UCAACGACGCGAAAGAAUGGGAUAAAUGUUUUCAAUCGUUAAAAAAUGCUUUGCUUCUCGUAUAAGAAACAACAAUGUUGACUAAUUUAAGAUAUUAAUGUCAUUCUCAUCCAAGUAAAAUGGAAGAGGAGGGAAAAUCCAAAUCACUUUUCGAGCAAAUGAAUGUUGGGGUGUUGAAAUAUAUGGAGAAGAAAACUGGUGUGUGUAGACUCCAGCUUGAGCCGAGAAAGCCAGCAGAUCGAUCAGCCAUUCUGGCCUGGGAACAGAAAAACACUGUGUUCCUGCCAGAAGAUCUCAAAAGUUUCUACUUGACAUCCGAUGGUUUUCUGUUAACUUGGUGUGUGAAAAUAGACAAUGGCCCAAUCCCUGUUGGGCGGAUGUAUCUGAACAGCAUGAAUCAACUUCUUAAGGUUGGGGGGAGUGUGAACAGCACCCUGGUCAAUCCAAGCCUCGCCGACCUUGACAUGGACUCUGAUACUGAAGAUGAACAUUCAGGGAAUGAGAAGCCGACGUUUGAUUCACGCUGUAAGGUAUUUGAGCUGGAUCCAUGUGAUGGGUAUGGGAAAGUCUGCCUGGUGUACAAGGAGAGUAAAACAGCUCCAGAGUUUAAAGAGUCUGCAGAAAUAGUGGCAAAGGCAUACUCCUCAGAUUUUAUGAACUAUGGUGGAACAGACCCAAAGAUUGAGAUAUGGUUUUUGGACCGUGCCUUGCGGUGGCACUACAUAACAGACACAUUCACAUCUUAUUACCGUCUGAUGGUCAUGCACCUUGGGCUACCCCAGUGGCAGUAUGCCUUCACUGACAUCGGACUUUGCCAACAGUCCAAGCAAUGGUUCACAAUGUACGCCCCGUUGAGGCUGGAGCUGGAUUCUGAACUGACAGUAGGCAGUCAUCAUGGGGAUGAUACCUCUGCAACCUCGACAAUACAGAUAGAUAUUGGCAAAGUGUUUAAAGGGAAGUCAGAUAAAAAGAAGCCGGUUCCAGCACAGACCCAGUCACAGCCGCCUGGUCUGCGCAAGAAGGCUACUGUUGCUUCUGCAAAAGGUGUAAACCAGCCUGGCCUGAAGCCCAGCGGAUCUUCGUCCCAGCUUGCUGGCAAGAAAUAAGCAUCCAGAGUAACAUGACCAGCAUGUAAGAAUCUGGCUACCGUUGACGCGACAAGAAGUUGAUCGCACCCCUGAUGUUAGAGACUUUAGUGUUAAGAAUGGAAAAUGACUGAUUAUUAGUGAAUUUGAUUUAAUGACAUUGUUGUGACAUUGUUGUGUAUAAAAUGCAGAGAUAACUUUGUAAAAUACAAAACUUUG